AUGUCAAAAUUGCGAAAAUUUGCAAACCUUAGAAAAGAUAUUACAAACAGCCCAUACCAUCGUCUCGGACAGCAUGAUAACUGUGCUAACUACUUUUGUACCGGGCCAAAAGUUGGAGAAAGAAACUUCGUACUUGAAGCUAUAGAAACUGGUAUCAUGGCUGAAAUUAGAAAAAUUGUUUAUAGACUAGCGGCAAAUACUGAGAGCUUGAUUGAAAACACAGAUAACAACCCAUAUUCAACUAAUAUUACUAGAAUUAGGAAUAAUACCAACAAUAAAAGACGAAAACUUUUUAGUUCUGGAAUUGUACGAACAAAACCCAAGUAUAAAUGUAGCGCACCUGAUAACAACUAUGGUUUAGCUGAGCCUUUAGACGAUAACCUCAGUUUAAAUAAUGAACAUUUUUUGGAAAAAAAAAAUUUAUUUUUACAAAAGCUCACUGAUGUGAACCGAUAUGAAAUUGAAAAAGUUACUAGGGAUCAAAGCCAUAGUGAGAUAUGGUAUAAAGAAAGGAGAGUACGUUUGACAGCUUCAAAAUUCGGCGAGAUAUGCAAAAUGAGAGAUUCUACAAGCUGUAAGAUGAAAGUCCAUGGAAUGCUGUACAAACCAUCUGCUAUGUGCAAAUCAAUGGCUUACGGUAUAGAAAUCGAACCCCUAGCCAGGUCGAGUUUUGAAGCAUUAAUUCAAGUUUCCGUCCAGUUGUGUGGUUUGUUUAUCGAUCGAGAGUAUCCAUACUUAGCAGCUAGCCCAGAUGGACUAGUUGGUGAACAUUUCGUUUUGGAGAUCAAAUGUCCAUACGCCGCCAAAGAUACAAUCAGUGCUAUUGAAGCGAUGGAAAAAAAAUUGGUUUUUGCCCCAUAUUGUUCGGUUAAAGAAGGAAAAAUUGUGUUAAAAAAAGACCAUGCCUAUUACUUUCAAGUAAUUGGUCAGUUAAGGAUAACACAAAGAAAUUUGUGUUAUUUCGUAAUUUACACGAAAAAUUGGAUAAAUGUCGAAGAAAUACAUUUUGAUAUUUCCUUUUGGGAAAUGAAAAUGGUCAAAAAACUUCAGUCAUUUUAUUUGGAUUGCUUGUUGCCCGAAAUUAUAGACCCCCUUUAUGGGAAAAGGUUGUUGAUUACUGAUAUUAGAGAGCCACUACAUAUUUUAAACGCUCAACAUCUGCAACGACAAAUUAAAAAAAAAAAUGUUAAAAGAUGAAUUUUUUUAUAGAUUUACUAUUUAGCAAUAUAUAAGAUUGUAAUAAGAUAUGAAAAAG